GUCCAUCAUAAUUAUCAACAGGGAAUUAGAAGGAUUUUCCACGCGUUUAACUAUAUUUUUUUAACAAAAAAGUAAAGAAAAAAAGAACAAUAAACGUUUGUUGGAUGACUUGUUGGUAUGAGGAGUAACAACUCGUGAAGGCGAGAGUUUAGGCCAGUUUGAGUUUGAGCUGAAUGCAAAAAAAGUUGCAUCUAAGUUGAUCAUCUUGUAAAGCCCCAGCAUAAUGAACAGCGAGAAGCGGAAGGUAAAGUUUAAAUGGCUACGUACAGCAUUCAUUUCGCCUACAAAGCAACGUAAGAAUCAUGUAGGUUUGUCUCUGCCGACUUCCUGGGGUGACCCCGCGUCUGAUGAAUCAAGUGAGGACGGCUCUUCUAGCCUGAAUGUGUCCACUCACUCACUUGGACUUGGAGAACUAGAGAACAUGAACCUCAGCACACCAAAGCAAGGGCAGGCAACACCAUCACAGAGGAAGACCAUUUUAAGAACAUCCUCUCUUUCCAGGGGUCCCUGCAAACUGUUUCAGACAAAAACUGUCAGGGCUGAGCAGGAUCAAAAGUCAAAACAGCAGUCACUUACUGGAACAUCAUCCAUCACUGCUAGUGAAAAGCGAAUUAAGAGAACUGCAGAGGAGGGGUCAAAAGCCAUUUACCUUAAAGCGCUGAAUGAUGCCAUCAGGGGUGGUAACAGGAAGUCCCUCUCCACUGUGAACACUGCCAAGAGUUCUUCCACACAGGAUCGACUUGUAGAAACACCCAGAGUAAAGACAAAGCAAAAGAAAAAUCCUUCUCUUCCUAACUGCUGUUCAUUCAGUGAUGAGAUAGCAUCUGUGUCUGCCAAAUCAGGAAGCCAUUCACACAGCCCACUCAUUUUUGCAAACAGAAUUGAAGCUGAGGAAGGAGUGUCUACAGACUCAAAGAGCAUGGUCCUAAAAGGUAGCGAGUCUCCUGAGUGGUCAGACGUUGAUGAGCCUGUUGCACUGGAGGUCUUCUCACAGGAUGAGUCUCAGGAGCCACAAACAAUAGAGAGUAACCAGGAAUAUACAUUCAAGUAUGCUGAAACCCUGCCUCCUUUGGAAUAUAUCGCUAACCCACCUCCAGCAUUAAUGCGUUUUCCAGAGUUUUCACAAUCUACAUCUGAAGUGGCAUGGAUUGGGAAGACCCACUCUUCAAUUACUGACCCUCAACCUAAAAGUUCACCUACUUGGAAUGAAGUAGUGCGGGUAUCAAAGCAGUCCUCCCCAGAUCUGUCCUCUGAUCCUUCAGCCAAGAGGAAUGUGGGUCAACCAAUGUAUACACCAAUGGCACAGGGACUGGGUGACAGAUUAGAGCAGCCUAUCAGGCGAACUUCAUCUUCAGAACCAUAUGCCCUGCCCAUAAGGACUGGCAGAACACCACCUAUUGCCAUGAGUCCAAAAGAGCUGUGCGAGUUUUCCCCGCUGACCGGACACAGGUACUCAGAUGCGCACUUGUUCUCCUUCUCAAGGACGUUUGUUACUGACGAGGCCGUCACCCGAAGGACAUCUGUGGGCUCAGAGCCUCUCUGGAUAUCGGAUUCUAAGUCCGACUCAUUGGGAUUCAUUGAUUCUCAUUGUCACUUGGAUAUGCUGUAUGACAAGUUGCGUUUCCAAGGAAGUUUUCAGAGCUUUCGGGGCAAAUAUGCUAAAAGCUUUCCUGACGAAUUUCACGGCUGCAUAACUGACUUCUGCAACCCAAGAAUCACUCAGAAACAAGCCAUCUGGGAAAGGCUUCUUAAAGAGGAGCUGGUAUGGGGUGCUUUUGGAUGCCAUCCUCACUUUGCCAAAGAAUAUAAUGCCACUCAUGAGCAAAGCAUCAUGGGAGCUAUGCGGCACCCCAAGACUGUUGCAUUCGGAGAAAUCGGUCUGGAUUACUCACACAAGAAUUCUACAGAGACCAGCAAACAAAAAGCGGUGUUCGAGCGCCAGUUAAGGCUGGCUGUGUCUUUAGGAAAGCCUCUGGUUAUACAUUGUCGUGAUGCUGAUGAUGAUUUGCUGGAAAUCAUGAAGAAGUGUGUUCCCCGAGACUACAAAAUACACAGACACUGUUUUACCAACAGUUACUCUGUAAUUGAACCCUUCCUGAGCGAGUUCUCCAAUCUGUUUGUGGGUUUCACUGCCUUAGUGACGUACCCUAAUGCUCUCGAUGCCCGACAUGCAGUAAGGAGAAUCCCCCUCAACCGCAUCCUGCUGGAGACCGAUGCACCGUAUUUUCUGCCUAGACAGGUGCCUAAGACUGUGUGUAGAUUCGCUCACCCUGGGAUGGGCAUACACACCUUGCGUGAAAUCAGCCUGCUGAAGGGAGAACUCUUUUCCACUGUGUUACAAACUGUACGCCAGAACACCACACACGUUUAUGGCCUGUAACCGAUGACGUUUGCCCACUAAUUACCACCUGUCCUGACACGGACUAUAAAAACAUGUGCUCAGUAUGUGAAAUAGGUUUAUAUCAAAAUAUUUUGUGAAAUAAAUGUUUUAAUGUCAUAUUUUCAGCUUUAAACUAGUUCAGUUCAAACUGCUUUAUAAAUGUUAGUUCACCCUCUUUUACACUUUGUGUGCAGUGUAUGGUUGUAUAAACCUGUGAGAUUCUGUAGGAUGUGUGUGUGUUUUCACAGCAUAAAAUAGCUAAAUCUUAUCUAUGAAAUGUUCUUGUUUCUUUGUUUUAAAUGCACUAAAGCACAGUUAUGAGCAUAUUGUGGUUACUAAACGUCAACUGUUUUUAUAGUUGUUCUGAUAUAGAUGGUGACAUUUAUUUAGUGGGAUGUUGGGUCAUCAUAUUGGGUCAAAAGUUUCUUUUUUUGUGGUGGUGGUGAGUGCUGUUUAAUCCUUUCAUCCAAAAUCAAAAUAGGUGUUUAGUUAGGUUGAGAUUUGGUGAAUUUCAAAGCUUAAGCAUUUGAGUUUAAUCAUUUUCAUGCUCUUUGAAAAGCAUGGGGGGUUAUGGAAUGGGGUGUCCAGAAAGCUUGUGGUUAGGUGUUCACUUUCUUUUGACCAAGUACUGUACCUGUGUUACAAAUCUCAAGGUGUGUGUAGGUGUGUAUUUAAUACAGCAGCAUGUAUCUUAAAUUUUUUCAAUGAUAAAAGUCAUUUGAGCGUUGGCAAAGCAGGAUCUUUUAAAAUGUUGUUAAUAUGAUAAUAAAGCUAAAUAAAAUUUAAAUCUCAGAC